GUGUCAUUUGUGCUGCUCUCUGGCUGUUUCAUUGUCAAUAGGCACAGACAAAAUAGCCCAACAGAGAAAUUAUAAUCAACAGAAGCUGCAAUAAGCCAAGAACAUCUGCAGCUGCUCUCUGGUUCUUUUACCAGCUAGUUUUCCUUUUUUUUUUUUUUUUUUUUUAGUUUUUAGAGUUCAAUUCAAUCUAAGAGUUGAGCUCAAGAAUAAUGUCUUCUGACUUUUGUUUCUAUGAUGAUAGCUCUUUCUACCACCAUUCCUGGCCAGAAAUGGUCUUCUCCGAUUGUGGCUUCUCUUUCUCCGAACCAUUUUCUCCUUUCUUUGAUUCUUCGACUUAUAUGUUCCAAGAAUUAUCUAGCAACCAACACACUCAAAACCCCGUUCAUAAUUCCAACUCUUUUGACAAUUUUAACCCAAAUAUCCUGUCAUCUUCCCCUCCAAGUCACAAACUGGAGAACUUGUCUCUGCAUCAGGCGACUUUGCAGCCAGUUGCAGAUGGUUCAAAUUUGGUAAAUGGGUAUAGUAAUUUCUCUGCCAUGGAUGCUUUAGGAGUGAAAACUGAGGAAUGUCAAAUGGAUUUUGACUCCUCUUACAAUCACCAGUUAUUUAUGCGUCAUAGUUACAAUGGUGUGGAGAAUGUGGCAACGAUAAGCUAUAGCAGCAACUCUUUUGAAGAAAAACCUGAAUUUCCCUUUCAACCUCGCUUGAACACUCUUUUAGGGUCUCCCACUAAUUAUCAAAACCAACCCUUGAGCUCACUUGAAAACAACUUUCUUGCUGGUAAUUUGAGGAGGGUUUGCAGCACUGGAGACAUACAAAAUAUUAGGACAGCACAUACAGCACAGAGAUUCUUUUCAAGCCCUUUGGCAAAUGAAAACUCCUUUACGGAAGAAGCAAACUUCAAAUUGGUUCGUUACAGUGCUGAAGAGAGAAAAGAUAAGAUUUCCAAAUACAGAGCCAAGCGUAGCCAGAGAAAUUUCACCAAGACCAUUAAGUAUGCAUGCCGAAAGACGCUAGCAGACAAGAGGCUCCGUAUACGUGGCAGGUUCACACGCAACGAUGAGAGCGGUGAGAUUCCCAAAGGUGCAUGUUCUAACAGACAAGAAGCAGCAGAUGAGCUAUGGUUAAAUGGGAUUCAGGGAAAGGAAGAUUGUGGAAGAAUCAAAGGAGGAGGAGAAGGAGGAGGAGGAAGAGGAGAUUUUGCUGACAGUUUUCGCCAUGCUCAGUUUCAAUAUUACAAUUAUUGAAAGUUGGUGAAAAUUUUCCCGAGAGACUGUUAGAGGGAAAUACAAUAUACUGUGUAUUGGGACUCACAAGUAAUAUAGGUGGAUCCAUAUGUUUGUGUCUUGAUAUCCAUUUCAGAGUAAAUGUAAAUAAUGUAUAUAUAAGAUCAGUAAGUCAUCAAAAUGUUUAUGUUAAAAUUUAUUACCAAACCAAAAAUAUUUAUGCUAAAAUCUGCAGUUGGCAGUUGCAGUUUAGUUUUUGCAGUUAA